AUGAAGUCUGUCCUCGGCCUCUCUGUGCUGUUUGUGUGGGGCUUGUCCCCAGCCCAGGGGAGCCUCUUGCAGCUGCACCAGAUGAUCUCAAAAGCGACAGGGAAAAACGCUCUUCUGCAUUACGGCUUCUACGGCUGCUACUGCGGCCUGGGGGGCAAGGGGCAGCCCAAGGAUGCCACAGACAGAUGCUGCCAGCUGCACGAUACUUGCUACCAAAACCUCCUGGAGUACCGCUGCAACGCCAAGACACGGCUCUACCGCUACAGCUGGCACCAUGGCAGGCUGUCCUGCAGACCUGGCUCUCGGUGCUCCUACUUGUCCUGUGAGUGUGACCGCAGCCUGGCGCUGUGCCUGAGGAGAAACGUCAGCAGCUACAGGAAAGGCUAUCAAUUCUACCCCCAAACCUGGUGCUGCUGA